UGUGGGGCAGCCACAAAAUGGAGGCGAACGGGAACGGCAGCGGGAGUAGCAGCGAUUCGGCUCCCGACUGCUGGGACCAGGCGGACAUCGAGCCGGGCAGCGGCGCCGACCCUGGGUCCGCCCCGCCGGCCGCAGAGGCCCAGGCCGAGCAGCCGGAGCUCCUCCUUGAUGCGGCUUUCAGCCGCCAGCUCAACGUGAACGCCAAGCCCUUCGUGCCCAAUGUCCACGCUGCCGAGUUCGUGCCGUCCUUCCUGAGAGGGGGGGCGGCGCCUGGACUACCGCCGCCCUCCCCCCCACCUGGCCUGCCGCCGCCCCCGCCCCACGGUAACCGCCGCCGGGGCCACGUUGCUGGAAAAAGGGGUGCGGGGGGGGGGUGGCCACGAGCAUCUGCAGAGUCUUCUCAAGAGGAGCAAACAACAUCUUGUGAAGGUUCAAAUGUUGCUGUUAGUAUGGAAGUCUCAGAACCUGUUGAAAAUGGAGAGACAGAAAUGUCCCCUGAAGAAUCAUGGGAUCACAAAGAAGAAACAUGUGAAGCAGAGCUAGGAGGUGGCCCAUCAGGAGAUGCAGGGCAUACUGAGGAGAGUGUCCAGGAAAUGAUGGAGGAAGAGGAGGAAAUACCAAAACCUAAAUCUGUAGUAGCACCACCAGGUGCUCCUAAAAAAGAACAUGUAAAUGUAGUAUUCAUUGGGCAUGUAGAUGCUGGUAAAUCAACCAUUGGAGGACAAAUAAUGUACUUAACAGGAAUGGUUGACAAAAGAACACUUGAGAAAUAUGAAAGAGAAGCUAAAGAGAAAAACAGAGAAACCUGGUACCUGUCUUGGGCCUUAGACACAAAUCAAGAAGAACGAGACAAAGGUAAAACAGUAGAAGUGGGCCGUGCCUAUUUUGAAACAGAGAAGAAACACUUCACAAUCCUAGAUGCCCCAGGGCAUAAGAGCUUUGUUCCAAAUAUGAUUGGCGGGGCUUCUCAAGCUGAUCUGGCUGUGUUGGUUAUUUCUGCAAGAAAAGGAGAGUUUGAAACUGGAUUUGAAAAAGGGGGACAAACAAGAGAACAUGCCAUGUUAGCAAAAACAGCAGGUGUAAAACAUUUAAUAGUUCUUAUUAAUAAAAUGGAUGAUCCAACUGUAAACUGGAGUAAUGAAAGAUAUGAAGAAUGUAAAGAGAAGCUGGUGCCAUUUUUGAAGAAAGUUGGCUUCAAUCCCAAAAAAGAUAUUCAUUUUAUGCCCUGCUCGGGACUGACUGGAGCAAACCUUAAAGAGCAAUCGGAUUUCUGUCCUUGGUAUAUCGGAUUACCAUUUAUUCCAUAUCUGGAUAAUUUGCCAAACUUCAACCGUUCAGUUGAUGGACCAAUCAGGCUGCCAAUUGUGGAUAAAUAUAAGGAUAUGGGCACUGUGGUCCUGGGAAAGCUGGAAUCAGGCUCUAUUUGCAAAGGACAGCAACUUGUGAUGAUGCCAAACAAGCACAACGUGGAAGUUCUUGGAAUCCUUUCUGAUGAUGUAGAAACUGAUGCUGUAGCCCCAGGUGAAAACCUGAAGAUUAGACUGAAAGGAAUUGAAGAGGAGGAGAUCCUUCCAGGAUUUAUACUCUGUGACCCUAAUAACCUUUGUCAUUCUGGACGCACAUUUGAUGCCCAGAUAGUGAUAAUUGAGCACAAAUCCAUCAUCUGCCCUGGUUAUAAUGCGGUGCUGCACAUUCAUACCUGUAUUGAAGAAGUCGAGAUAACAGCCUUAAUCUGCUUGGUAGACAAAAAAUCAGGAGAAAAAAGUAAGACACGACCACGUUUUGUGAAACAAGAUCAAGUAUGCAUUGCCCGUUUAAGGACAGCAGGAACCAUCUGCCUUGAGACAUUCAAAGAAUUCCCUCAGAUGGGUCGUUUUACCUUAAGAGAUGAGGGUAAGACCAUUGCAAUUGGAAAAGUUCUGAAACUGGUUCCAGAGAAGGACUAAGCAUUUUUCUUGAUGACCCUGCACAAUACUGUGAGGAAGAUUGACUCUGCAAAAGCCUACUUCACACCGCCUUCUUAUUUUCUGCCCAUUGAUAAACUUCUCCCCAUAUUUUGCAAAGACAAAUUUCACAGCCAAGGUCCACAUUAUGUCAGCUUUCUCAUAUUGAGAGCUCUGCUAUGCCACUGUUGAAUUUCCCAAAAAGAGGGGUUUUUUUCUCCCAAAUUCUGCUUCCUUGCAAAGAUUCGGCAAUAGCUUUGUAAGUGAUGUGGACAUAAUUGCCUAUAAUUAUGAAAAUAUAAAGGAUUUUUAAUGUUUAAUUUCCCCUGGCAUAUUAAGACAUCUUUUUUCCAGGCAGAUCACUCAGUGUGUGAGUGUGUGUACACAUGUUACAAAGACAACUACCAUGUUAAUAAACUAUUC